AUGGACGUGGAACAUGGAUUCUAUCGCCCGGUGGAUGUCCAGGACCACGCUCACUACAUCGUUGCCUUCUUCGUCUUGGUGAUUGGAACAGUGGGUGUUACUGGGAAUGCCUUGGUCAUGUAUGCCUUUUCCUGUAACAAGAAACUGAGGACUCCGCCCAACUACUUCAUCAUGAACUUGGCCAUCAGUGACUUCCUCAUGGCGAUAACACAGUCUCCUAUCUUCUUUGUCAACUCUCUUUAUAAAGGCUGGAUUUUUGGUGAAACAGGCUGUAAGAUGUACGCUUUCUGUGGCUUAUUUGGAAUCACUUCCAUGAUAAACCUUCUUGCUAUCUCCGUAGACCGCUACAUUGUAAUUACCAAACCUCUGCAGGCCAAACAGUGGACGUCCAAAAGACGCACCUGCCUCAUCAUUGCGUUGGUCUGGCUCUACUCAUUGGCCUGGAGCCUCGCACCUCUGUUAGGAUGGAGUUCGUACAUACCAGAGGGACUGAUGACCUCGUGCACAUGGGACUACGUGACCUCUACUCCAGCCAAUAAGAGUUACACCUUAAUGUUGUGCUGUUUUGUGUUCUUCAUUCCACUGGGCAUCAUAUCCUACUGUUAUUUGUGCAUGUUCCUGGCAAUCCGCCACGCAAGCAGAGAUGUGGAAAUGUUGGGGUCUCAGGUGAGGAAGUCCACACUGAUCCAGCAACAAUCUAUCAAGACUGAAUGGAAGCUGGCCAAGAUUGCGUUUGUGGUCAUCAUAGUGUUUGUGCUGUCCUGGUCGCCCUAUGCAUGUGUCACCCUCAUCGCCUGGGCUGGAUACGGAAGCAUCCUCAAUCCAUAUUCUAAAGCUGUUCCUGCUGUUAUAGCCAAAGCAUCAGCCAUCUACAACCCUUUUAUAUAUGCCAUCAUUCACUCUAAAUACAGAGACACACUGGCUGAGAAGGUGCGGUGUCUACACUUCUUGGUCCAGGCGCAGAGGAGGGACUGCAUAUCGGUGUCCCAUAGCGAGUCCUCCUUUAAGGAGUCCAUGCUGAGCAGACAGUCUUCUGCCUCCAAAACCAACUUUCAGAGAAUAUCCUCUAUCUCUACCACAGACACACAGGUUUGGAGUGAUGUGGAGCUUGACCCUAUCGACCAGAUGCACUGUUUGAGAUCCAGCUACUCCCUGGGAACCUUGAGGGAAAAAGAAUUCAAUUCAUUAGCAAAACAGAAGACUGGGAAAAGGGGAAGCAGAAGUGAAGAAGAGGUGAGAUUCCCUUCCCAGAACAAUGCUUUCUGAAGAGGUGACCUGAGGUGGUCGACAUCCCCGAUGCCUGUGGUGUGGAGGGAGGGGAGAUGGGAGAAAGAAUGAGACAGCUGAACCAGAAAGCUGGAAUAAAGAGGAAGUCACCAUGAAAGGACAUAAGUACAGGAAGUACAAAGGACAAUUGUAGAGGAUUUGCAGGUGCUUACAAAGCCAAACUCUUUGGCCAAAGUUAUAAGCGAGCAAUCCCAUGUCAUUGUCAGACUCAGCCAACCGAACGACCUGCUGGAAAAGGACUCCCAUGUUGAUGCACAGCGGCAGAGCAGCAGCGCAAUUCAUACGUCUUUGAAGAUUUUAGUCCUCAACAUGAGUACGCUGAAUACUGACGAGGGUUUUUUAGCCAUGUGGAACUGUCUGGAACUAUCUGGAACUGGAACUGUGAUAAAUCAGAGGAAACAAGCUUGUUUUUUGUUCACAAACAUUGUAAUAUCCAUUCUUUUCUGAUACUGUAUACAUAUGUACUGCAAAGGUUUAGUCACAUAGCACUGUACCUCUGUGUUAAGUUAUACACAACUGGUCAACUUAUGAUUCACACCUCCUCUACACAAGCAUAGUGUCAACAUAUACAUUUCUUUCUUUUCUUUUUGCUAAAAAAUGUUGGGGGUUUUUCCCACAUGCAUGGUGGCUGACUAGUGUAUUGUUCUGUUUCAGAGCACGGUCAGCUUGGCCUGUGAACAAUGGAGUUUUUCCUUUACAUCCUCAUACCUGGUAUUGCCCAUUUUUGUGUGUGUUCCAAGCAUUGGUGCUGAAGUUGGAUGUCCUGAGGAUGCCAAGAAGCCAAUGCUAUGCUUAGCAUUUUUGUUAGCCCUUAUGUUGAAGAAGAACAAAGGGAGUAUGAUAGAAAUCA